UUCCAGGACGCAUCCUCACCAGAUUAUUAUGCAAAGGCAAUUAUUGCGUCAAAAAAAGAUGAGGUUACGCAAUAAUUCCGGUAUUUCAGGGCGGACUUGAAAUCUAAUUGUGACUCUUUUAACCAUUACUUGAACAAUUCCCGAUUGAAUUCCGCCGAGCGUUGCCUGCAUAACAAUUUCUUCUCUAUUGUUUUUUCAUAUAAAUAUAUAUUAAUCGAUUAAUCGAUUGUCUAGCCUUACGUCAAAACUCAUUUACUCCUGUGGCAUCCCUCGGGGAAGCAUCUUCUUCGUUGUCCCGAAACUUCGAAACAGUUUUUGGUAGCCCGAACCCUAAAACGUUUUCAAUUUCUCCUUCAACUUCGACAGUCUCGUUAAAAAUCUCCACGACUUAAUUUUACUGUGUCAGAUGGCCACCAAACCACUUACACGUGAGGAAAUUGCUAACACGGAGAAGAAAUUGGACAUGCCAUUAGAUGACAUCAUCAAAAUGUCUAAAAACACAACAAUUAAAGCUAAGAAGCAGCGAAGUGCUCCGAAUAAAAGUCAGAAAGUUUUUAAUAAUCCUGUACGAGAGAAAGCUUUGAAGGUGCGGCGUUAUAUGGACUCAAGACCCUUCGUUCGGCAGGGGGCUUUAGCUCAAAGAAGGUCGAAUUUCCAGGGAAAUCGAUUUCAUUUAACAACUGAGGUUGCAAGGAAGGCUGCAGUUGCUCCUUUUCGCAAUAAGCCUUUUGACCGUAAUGUGGCGGCUAAUUCAGACAAAGCAAGGACUGGAGCUUUUAUGGUUCAGAGGAAGGCUGGAAAUGGGGGCUUUGCUGCAAAGUCGCCACAGCAGCUUCAGCAGCAAGGAGAUGGAGGUGUUAAACCAAGGCCUCAAACGCUAGAUUCAAGGUUUGCCAACAUGAAGGAAGAAAGGAUGAGAGUCUUGUCAAGGCGGAACAAUGGUGUACAGUGCAAUGGCAUUGGUGGUCGACCAAGGGUGCCAUGGGCAAGAGGUCGAUUUGGCAACUGAUGCUUAGAUUACUAGGUGUCAAUUGAAGCGGGAUGUUUUGGUGCUUGUUCAAGCACGUCUUAGUCUUGGUGCUAAAGCAAAAGGUGCUCACGUCUUCCUGCAUUGCUAUUUGUUGGUGGUUAGGCCAGCUGAGUUGGCUAUGUAAAACCGUUGGUUGUUCAGUUGUUAAAAUUCAGUUUUGCAUGGUUAUAUUCAAGAACAACUUUCACCUUGGUGCUUCUUUGGCGGCAUUGUAUAUCAUUACAGGAUCAUUUAUAUUAAAUGUUCGUGCUUUUUUUGAUAGCUUUGCGUAUGGUUGUUCUCAUACGCCACUUCGAGUGUUGACAGUGGAGAGUAGAAGUCCUGUUUAAGAACGUGUCCAUAAUUGAUUUGGGCUUUGUUGAAGAUGGUUACUCUUUUAGCCUGGUCGAUUAGCUAGUGAUUACGAGGAUUUGCUGAUGUUAUGACGGGAGAAAGGGCAAGUUCUUUUGUCUCUUUCUGCAGCUUCUUUUGAUAUCUUGACCGAUAACAUGUACCAAGUCUAUGUUGGUGUUUCAAUUGGCAGAAAAUAUUGUUACUAAUGCAGUGAUUGAUUAAUUUGGGCU